GUUGGCUCUAAGCACUCCUGGGGUUAGCCUGUUUUUAAUAGUCAGCCCUGCGUCGGAGAAUAACCUGGAAGAGCUGUCUCUCACAGAGAUGGAUGGAAAUCUUUGAAAAACUAUUUACUCCACUGAAAAAUGCCCAUUUGUGGAAACCAAAACUGCUCAUAAAAAAAGUUCUCUACCUGGAGAAGCCGAAUUCAACCACCAGACCUGGAUUCCCCAGACCCAUGAACACCAAUGACCCCGGAGUUCGCAGAGCCGCUCGCUUUGGGGUUUAUCGCUAUAACAACAGCUCAAACGACAUUUUUCUAUUCAAAGAGUCUCAUAUAACCAAAGCAAUGGUGCAGGUGGUCAGAGGGCUAAAAUACAUGCUCAAUGUGGAAAUUGGCCGGACGGUGUGUGACAAGAGGGGACACUCCAACUUGGACAGCUGCGACUUUCAGAAGAAGAAAAAGCUGCAACAAAUGUUCAGAUGCUAUUUUGAGGUCUGGACUAUCCCCUGGCUACAGCGAGUCCAAGUGCUGCUUGCUCUCUGUCACUGAUCCAACUUCCCCGGCCACAGCCACACCUGGCCUCAAUGCACUCGCAGUGAGAAUUUCGAUACUGUCUGUUUUCCGCAAGCAGCUGAGACCAGUGAAGAAUUGCUGCAAAGAGAUCAUUCCAAUGAAUGGCUGUUUUUCAAGUAUGACUCUUUGGGAAGAUAGUUGAAAAGUCUACACCACAAAACCCACCAAGUGACAGGAUCUUAACGAAUCAGGUUAAUGUUUACUGCUGUCCAGCCUAGGCAUUUUGACAAAUUAACUAACCUGUAGAGGACAGCUUUAUUUCUCCAGUCGACACUGGCCCACCAGUCAGCUGGAAAGUAAACUAGAUUCUUGCUGUAUUAGCUGAAACAUUCACAUACAGUCUAAAUGGACCACGGUGGCCAGCUAUCUAGGAUUUCAGCUGCUGUAUGGCAAAAGUGACAAACUAGGCAGCACUUAUACAUUAUCAACAAAUAACCUAUCCAUGCACAUGCUGAGAGAUCUUAGGGAAAAUGUUGUUUGCAAUUCU